AUGGCAAGUUCAGCAAACACGCCGUUCCGUCGUUGGGCGAGAGCGAAUUUUACCACUAGCUUUCUCUACCCUUUGAUGGGUAUCUGGUUUUUCUUGCGACACAGAUACAUGUGGCCACUCCUGAGAGCCAGAAUGCUUCCUCUAGUCGUCAUGUCCAUCUUCAUCCUAGUCAUCCUCUUCUUAACCGCCUACCUACCUCAAGUCGCCCUUCUCAAGCUCUUCCACAGAGGAGGUUCCGCCUGGGUGAACGGCACUUUCCUGGUCCUGACUGAGGGAAACCUCAUCAUCGCUAUUCUGUUCGAAGCUUUCCUCGUCGACCACACUCAAGUCGAUGUCUUCGAUACCGUCAUGGUAGCCAGAGGCCAUGCAGACCUCGUCAAGGCCAAACGACUCGUAAACACCGAAGAACCUGAAACUCCUCUUAAGGCACUGGGACCACGUGAUAAGGGUGCAGUCUUUGCUCCCUUUUCUUUCCGCCAAUUAUUCGAGUUUGUGGUCUUGUUGCCACUGAACUUCAUUCCUUUUGUGGGAGUUCCGCUGUUUUUGAUCUUGACUGGUUAUCGUGCUGGUCCCUUGUUGCAGCGCCGUUAUCAUAACCUCAAGGGGAUGAACAAGGAGCAGCGCAAGGUCUUCAUCCGCAACAAGUCGAUGAGGUUCCAGUAUAUGUGGUUUGGUACUGUUGCGUUGAUUCUGCAGCUGGUUCCUGUGUUGAGUAUGUUCUUUUUGAUCACAACUGCUGCGGGAAGUGCUUUGUGGGCUGCGGAUAUGGAGGAUCGCAAGCGCAGCCAGGAGAAUGCUAUCGAGGACGAGUACACUGACGAACCUUGA